AUGAAUGAAUUUGAUCCGGCUCAUCCGUACAAUGAUGAUAAUGACGAAGACGAUUUGUUCGUGAGUAUGAUGUACCAAUAUGAAUUUUUCCAAAUGAGAUAUGAUGCUAGAGGCAAACGAGGCUUCACAGGGCUGCAAAAAUGUGUUGCUGCAAUUAAACUUAUGGCAAUGGGGGAGUCACCCGAUUCUGUUGACGAUUAUAUGAUAAUGUCUGAGAGGACCGCACGAGAAAGUUUGUAUUUAUUGGCAAGAGGUGUUGUCGAAACCUUCGGUGACCAAUACUUGCACAAACCUUCGUUGCAUGAUAUGCAACAACUAUAUGCGGCGCAUGAAGAAAGACAUGGUUUUCCGGAGGCUGUUGCUUCACAAGAUUUAUGGAUUUGGCAUGCUUUUUUCGGGGUUGCGGGUUCUAACAACGACGUCAACGUUCUCGAUCAAUCACCAAUAUUUGACGACCUUUUGUCAGGAAAAGCCCCGGAUGCUGCUUUCACAGUGAAUGGAAAUGAAUAUAAGUUUGGGUAUUAUCUUACAGACGGAAUAUAUCCACAAUAUUCCACGUUUGUGAAGGCGUUUCGGCACCCAAUAGAUCCAAGAGACAAAUAUUUCAAGAGACGACAAGAAGGAGCACGUAAGGACGUUGAACGUGCUUUUGGGGUUUUGAAAUCAAAAUGA